AUGAAGUUCCUCUCCAUUGCCAUUGCCCUCAUGGCCGCCACCACUGCCAACGCUGCUCCUGGUCGUACUAUGCAGAAGUGGUGCGGUCACCCCGGCCAGGGCUGCGCCAAGCGCUCCGCUGAGGCCGAGCCUGAGCCCGUUGCUCAGAAGUGGUGUGCUCACCCCGGCCAGGGCUGCUACAUGAUGAAGCGCACUGCCGAUGUCACCACCGAGGUCAAGCGCUCCGCUGAUGCUCUCGCCGAGGCCAUGGCUGAGGCUCACCCCGCCGCUCUUCAGAAGUGGUGCGCCCAUCCCGGCCAGGGCUGCGUCAAGGUCAAGCGCACUGCCGAGGCUGUUGAGGAGGUUAAGCGCUCUGCUGAUGCCCUUGCUGAGGCUAUUACUGCUAUGAACGACGAGGAGUAA